AUGAAGCUCCUUUACCCUACCUCUUUGAAGCUCGACGUGACCAGUCUCGAAGGCUUCGGCGUCAUAUUACACCCCUACGAUGUUCACAAGCCAAUCUCUGAGGAACUUGUCGACGCAGAGAUUCUUGUGACAUGGGCCAAUACCAACCUCCGCGAUGCUGCCAAACGAAUGAGUAAACUUCGCUGGAUUCAGUCCCUCUUUGCAGGCCCCAACGACGAGCUCGCUGCUGGUUUCCCGUCCAAUGUCAUCAUAACGGCCGGCACUAAUCUGCACAACGAGACUGUUGCUGAGCACGCUCUAGCUCUGGUCCUCAGCGCUGCUCGGCGUCUUUACGAGAUGCGGGAUUUCCAGAACCAAGGCAAGUGGCCAGGACAUCUGGGCGGAUUUCUACCCGACCGACCCCAGGGAUCGUUCACCUCCUUGAAAGGUGCCAACAUUACCAUUUGGGGGAUGGGGAAUAUUGGACGCACGCUUGCACCACAUCUGACCGCUUUGGGCGCCAACAUCCGAGGAGUUGGACUGUACGAAGAGAUCAUUGACGGGAUCCAAGUUCAGACCAAUGCGGCAUUGCCUAGCCUCCUCCCACAGACUGAUUGUCUCAUCAUGAUUCUCCCAGGCUCCCGAGCGACAUGGCAUUCUCUCAACGCGGAGCGGCUGGCAAAUCUGCCUCAACAUGCCUGGGUGAUCAACGUUGGGAGAGGUGUCUGUGUGGAUGAGGAUGCAUUGGCUCACGCCCUCAACAAGGGAAUAAUCGGCGGCGCCGCUCUGGAUGUCUUCCAUCAAGAACCGCUACCUGAGUCUUCCCCGCUAUGGAAAGCACCGAAUCUAAUCAUCUCACCUCAUGCCGCUGGAGGAAGACCACGAUACUCGGAACUGCUCAUCGCAGAGAACCUGCGACGCUUCCUUGCUGGACAACCGCUCAAGCAUGACGUGACUGCGGGUGGAAUGUAUAGCACUUCCCCGAAGAAUAGCUCGACACUCAAGGCCUCGCUGUAG